AUGAAGUUGGCUGCGCGCCCGUUGUUGACCCAGAGUAUUACGACAGCCGUGUUGUUUGCAACUGGCGAUGUGAUGGCCCAGCAAUUGGUCGAAAAGAAAGGAUGGAAAAAUCAUGAAUUGGCGCGUAGCGGUCGCAUGGCGCUCUAUGGCGGUGCUAUAUUUGGUCCCGCUGCGACAACGUGGUACAGGUUCUUGCAGAACAAGAUCGUCUCGAAGAACAAGAAUCUCGAGAUUGCGGGGAGAGUCGCUGCCGACCAAGUAAUAUUCGCCAGCACCAACAUGUUCGUCUUCCUUAGCAGUAUGGCGAUAAUGGAGGGAACCAGUCCGAAAGACAAGCUCGAGUCGACCUACGCCACAGCUUUGGCCAAGAACUGGAUGAUUUGGCCUUUCGUCCAGGCUAUCAAUUUCAAGUUGACCCCUUUGCACCACCGCGUCCUGGUCGUCAAUGUUGUGUCGCUGGGUUGGAACUGCUACCUUAGCUACCUCAACAGCCAAAGCGAUUCCCAGCCCACACUAGUGCCCUUGCCUUCAUGA